GAACAACUUCACUUUCAAUUUCGAUUACACUCAGGAGAACAUGGAGUCCGUCUGAUGUGUGGCCAAACGCGUAGGGAACAGUUUAAUAGCUAAAUACGGUUUCACAAGAAAACUUGAUAAAACCAGAUACCGUCGUUGUUGUCGUUGUUGUCAUUACCAGAAGUGCACCAUGUUGGAAGAAACGGGGCCAGAGUGGCUUUCCGAGGAGGUGAAGACCGGAACGACCAUCAUCGCCAUAGAGUUUAAUGGAGGGGUCGUGCUGGGGUCUGACUCCCGAGUGUCUGCAGGGGCGUCGGUGGUGAACAGGGUGAUGAACAAGCUGUCUCCCCUCCAUGACAAGAUCUACUGUGCUCUGUCAGGCUCUGCAGCAGACGCUCAGACCAUCGCUGAGAUAGUCAACUACCAGCUGGAUGUCCACAGUGUUGAGAUAGAUGAGGACCCCCAGGUUCGCUCAGCAGCCUCUCUGGUGAGGAACAUCUCCUACAAGUACAAGGAGGAGCUGUCGGCGCAUCUCAUCGUGGCCGGUUGGGACAGAAGAGAUGGUGGACAGGUGUUUGCAACCCUGAGUGGUCUCCUGACGAGGCAGCCUUUUGCAGUUGGCGGCUCUGGCAGCUCAUAUGUUUAUGGCUUUGUUGAUGCUGAGUAUCGCAGGGAUAUGAGCAAGGAGGAGUGCCAGCAGUUUGUUGUAAACACUCUGUCCUUGGCGAUGAACCGUGAUGGCUCCAGUGGCGGCGUGGCAUAUAUCGUCUCCAUCGAUGAACACGGCACAGAGGAGAAAGUCGUUCUAGGAAAUGACUUACCAACCUUCUUUGAUCAGUGAUACUUAUAGUUCUGUCAUCUCUUGUCUGCCAAGCCACUGCUGUGCAGAAUGCAAUUAGGUAUUUGUUUUUCUCACAAUGGCCAUCACAAACACUUUGGCUCUGCUGUCAACUAAUUAAGCUUGUAAACCAAAAAAAUAGUAGACAGGAAUACUUUUACGUAAAAGUUAAGUUUUACAAUAAAAUCAUUGCAUUGCUCUGUGAUACGCAAACCUUUUUCAAAUGUAAUAUCAGGUAUGACAUCAUAUGUGGCUCAUCAUCAAGAGACUUAAAUAUAAAAACAAAAGCUUACAUUAGGUGACCUUUAUCGAUUUAUCUGCCAUGGAAAAAAUGCUUAUUUUCAGUCUUUGUAUGUGAUUCUAACAAGGUUAUCUCACCAGAUACACGGGUAAACAUUUUGCCACUUGCACCCCUUGGCCAAGUUCAGGAUAGCUUCACAAAGUUAGACUUGGUAUGGUCACUAAGUCUGUCAAAUAGUUUUCAUUAUUUGGUCAACCUACAGUAAUGUUUUAAAUAGUGGUCAACAGAUAUGUCUUUUUCAAUGGCUGAUGCCCAGAGCAGGGCAACAGAUUGCCGAUUCAUAAUGUGGAUAUAUUAUUGUAAGGGAUGUUUUUAUAUAUAUAUAUAUAUAAUAAAAUACAACAAUUUAAUAAUAAUAACAAAUUAAACACAAAAUUAUGCCUUUAUACACCUGAGGUGUGACUAAUAAAUGAGAGGAAAUGCGACAUAGUUGCCUGCAAAUAUUAUAUGUCUGGGGCUUUUAUUGUGAAAGAUAAGAACGGAGGGAGUGGAUCUGGUCAGCGCUGCCUUUGUAAAGUUGGAAAUGAGUAGUAAAGUUUGCCAACUGAUUAAAAUGUGGUGGUCAAAGGUCACUAUGACCUCAAAGAACACGUUUUUGGCGAUAACCCUAACCCUAACCCUAUAAAAAGCGUAAUUUAAAAUAAAUGUAAUCAAAAUAUUAAACAUAAAAUUAUAAAUGAAACAUAACAAUGUUUUAGUGCACUUAACAUUGAUUAUAUAGCUGCAUGUCCUUGCUACUAAGAGACAGUGAAAAUGUGUUAACAUAUAAAAAAAUAAAUAAACAAUGUUUGUAGCCUUCCUUGGCGUUGGCUCAGUGAAUACUAUGGUAAAGAAAUAAUCAGCAUCUUAAAAUGACAUUUUAAUGCAUAAUUAAUUACCACUAGUUUAAAUGAGGCUUAGUGGCAGAGUAAAUAAAGAAUUGACCUUCCUUGGACAAAACCUGCUGAACAAUCAGCCUCACUAUAAACAGUCCCAGAAACACUCACUUAGCAGCAGCAGUUGUCUGUGUGAGGUAUUCAGAGUGGCAAGCUUAUCAGCAAAGAGUCAGAGUCAUGUUUGUUGUACCACCUCCAGAUUAUAACACCCUAGUGCUUUUCAUCCCAGUAAUCAGACGUAUUAAGAUGCCUGCACGGUUGGUGGUUGGGCAGGUCGACGCAAACUGCCCACAUGGUUUUAAAUGUGAGCCUACAUGCAUUUUGAAUAUACGUUAUCAUUGGGCAUGUGUGCAUAAGUGAAAUUUAAAAUAAAAUGAAAGGCCUGUGUUGCAAAAAAUA